GGCGGGCCUGACGUGUGGCGCAAAGAGCCACUAGGGUUUGCGAAACGCGGGAGGCUGUAGGCUCGCGGGUGUUUUGGCCAUGGGGCUGCCGGAGGCGUGGAGGCUUAUGUCCAGGUUUAAUUCGUUGAAACGGACUAACGUCAUACUGCAACAUUUGAGAAUGUCCAAGCACACUGAUGCAGCGGGAGAAGUACUAUUGGAAAGAAAAGGUUGUGCGGGAGUUAUAACACUAAACAGACCAAAGUACCUAAAUGCUUUGAACCUUAAUAUGAUUCGGCAGAUUUACCCACAGCUAAAGAAAUGGGAACAAGAUCCUGGAACUUUCCUGAUCAUUAUAAAGGGAACUGGAGGAAAGGCUUUCUGUGCUGGUGGUGAUAUCAAAGCUGUGUCAGAAGCUGGAAAGGCAAAACAAAAGUUAGCUCAAGACUUCUUCAGAGAAGAGUAUAUGCUGAAUAGUGCCAUUGAAUCUUGCCAGAAACCAUAUGUCGCACUUAUUCAUGGAAUUACAAUGGGUGGGGGAGUUGGUCUCUCCGUUCAUGGUCAAUUCCGAGUGGCUACUGAAAAGUCUCUUUUUGCAAUGCCAGAAACAGCAAUAGGAUUAUUCCCUGAUGUGGGAGGAGGUUAUUUCUUGCCACGGCUUCAAGGAAAACUUGGUUACUUCCUUGCAUUAACAGGAUUCAGGCUGAAAGGAAGAGAUGUGUAUAGAGCAGGAAUUGCUACACACUUUGUUGAUUCUGAAAAGUUGGGCACGUUAGAGGAAGAUUUGUUAGCCCUGAAAUCUCCUUCAAAAGAAAAUAUUGCAGAUGUCUUAGAAAGUUACCACACCAAGUCGAAGAUUGAUCAAGAUAAACCUUUUAUACUUGAAGAACACAUGGACAAAAUAAACAGUUGGUUUUCAGCCAAUACUAUGGAAAAAAUUAUUGAAAAUUUACAGCAAGAUGGUUCAUCUUUUGCCUUAGAACAAUUGAAGGUCAUUAACAGAAUGUCUCCAACAUCCCUAAAGAUCACAUUAAGACAACUCAUGGAGGGGUCUUCGAAGACCUUGAAAGAAGUAUUAACCAUGGAAUAUCGACUGAGUCAGUAUUGUAUGGGAGGCCAUGACUUUCACGAAGGCGUUAGGGCAGUUUUAAUAGAUAAAGACCAGAAUCCAAAAUGGAAGCCAAAUGAUCUAAAAGAAGUUACUGAUGAAGAGUUGAAUAAUCACUUUAAGUCUCUGGGAAGCAAUGACUUGAAACUUUGAGGUGACUGAAUACUUCAGGUACUGUUUUGGAGCAGGAUUUGGCAAACUAGAGCACAGGGGUCAAUUCUGGGUCACUGCCUGCUUUUUUAUAUACCCACAAACUUAAGAAUGCUUUCUGCAUAUUUUUAAUGGUUAUGAAAAGAAUUCAAAGACUAAUGUUUCAUGACAUGAAAAUUGUAUGAAGUUCAAAUAUCUAUCUGUAAAUAAAGUCUUAUUGAAACAUAACUGUACUUACCUGUUUAUAUAUUCUGUAUGGCUGUUUUUAAUUGCCUAGAUGAAAUGGAGAUUGUCAGGUGUGCAAAACCCAAAAUAUUUAUUAUCUGAUCCUUUCCAGAAGGUUUGCCAACCCCUGUUUUAGCAGACGGGAAAAACUGAAGGUCUAAUGAUUGUCACGUUUGUGUAUCUAAAUGGGAACUUUAUUUUAGCUUUGGGUGGUAGUUUAUGUUGAUUAAAUAAACUUACAUAUAAAUUACUUUAAGAAAAACCCUGACUUUUUUUUUUACUUUUAAUGAAGUUUCUUCACAUAUAUUUGAAAAUUGAGUCUUCACAUAUAUUUUUAAAAUAAAAACAGAAGUCUCAGGCAAAGAGGAAAAGGUUUUUAUGAAGUGUUUUUCCAUAAUAACUCAAGCUGGGCCUUCCCUAAAGUUAACCAGAACUCCUCCCUGUUGGCAAAAGUUAAAAUAAUAUUUGCAGUAUUUGAUGGAUACUAAUAUGGUGGAAUGAGUAAUUAGAAUUUUGACGAUGGACACAAUCUGCUUCCUGUAAACUUUUAUAUAAAGCUGUUUUUACUCAGUUCAAGUAAAGAAGGAGAAAAUGAGAACUUUUGAUCAAAAUAGAAAUCUUCAAUAACUAAUACAGUUAAUAAGUGUUCUUUAAGGUAUGCAAGAAACAGCAAUGUAUUCCAGACUGAGACCUUGAAGCCUAGGUAAGAAAUACUUUUAAAUUAACUCAUUAGUUUUUUAUUCACUCCUCUCCCCCAUAACUAAGAUUUCUUCUUAUAAUAAUAUCAGAAAAUAGACUUAUGUUCUGUACCUGUUUCAUAGAUAAGGAAGUUAUAAUCAAGAAGGAACUGAUUUCCAUUUCUCAGUUCUUAAUAUGUGUACCAUGAAGUAUUUUUCUUCCCCAAAACUGAGGAACAGAUUUGGAAUAAAGAUGCCAUAACAUAUUAACAUUUAUAAUGUUAACACUUAAUUUGCACUUGACUGAUUCUAAAAUUUGUAUAAAUGGAAUUUUGUUCACUGUUAGAAAU